AUGGAUAGCCACGCCGCCGGGUCGAGCUCCGGCGGAUCCGGGGAUGGCGCCGCGCAGCCAAGGAGGAACUCCCGGAAGCCCAAGUAUUCCAAGUUUACGCAGCAGGAGCUUCCAGCUUGCAAGCCGAUUCUUACUCCAAAAUGGGUUAUUUCAGUAUUUGUUCUUGUUGGUGUGAUUUUUGUCCCAAUUGGUAUUGUUUCGCUGCGAGCUUCACAACAAGUUGUCGAGAUUGUUGAUCGGUAUGAUGAUGCAUGUGUCCCUGCUGGUGUGACUGACAAGCUUGCUUACAUCCGGAAUGAUAGUAUACCAAAAGCCUGCACAAGGAAUCUGACGAUUACAAAGGAUAUGAAACAGCCGAUUUUCGUGUAUUAUCAGCUGGAUAACUUUUACCAGAAUCAUAGGAGGUAUGUCAAGAGCCGUAAUGAUGUACAGCUAAGAGAUAAAAGUAAGGCGAGUGAGACUGAUAAUUGUGAUCCUGAGGCCAAAACGGUAGAUGGAAAGCCAAUUGUGCCCUGUGGGCUUAUUGCAUGGAGCCUGUUCAAUGAUACAUAUAACCUCAUCCGCAACAAUGAAACCUUGAGUGUGGAUAAGAAAGACAUCUCUUGGAAGAGUGACAGAGACCACAAAUUUGGGAGUCAUGUCUUCCCAAUGAACUUUCAGAAAGGACCUCUUCAAGGUGGAAAAAUACUUGAUUCAAAAAUCCCGUUGAGCAAACAAGAGGACCUUAUUGUUUGGAUGCGAACUGCAGCACUCCCAACAUUCAGAAAGCUGUAUGGUAGGAUAUAUGUUGAUCUCAAGGAAAACGAUGCAAUUACAGUCCAAUUGGAGAACAACUACAACACCUAUAGCUUUAGUGGCAAGAAGAAGUUGGUGCUUUCUACAGCAACCUGGAUUGGUGGAAAGAAUGAUUUUCUGGGCCUUGCAUACCUCACUGUUGGUGGAAUCUGCUUCUUCUUGGCAUUUGCAUUCACCUUGUUAUACUUGAUAAAACCAAGGAAAAUGGGAGAUAACAGCUACUUGUCAUGGAACAGAGCCACUUUAGGUCGCUGA